GCAGCAAAAUUAGAAUCAAAGAAAAUAAAAAUUGCCGUUUCGUCAAAUCUUGUCGCAGCCAAAAACCCUAAACCCUUUGAGAGCACAGACAGAGGAAGAUGGGAAAUACAAGCAAAGACCUUCUGCAAUUCGAGCACAAAAGGGCUUCAACUUCACCUUUAGAAAGCACGCUACUUGUCUGUAAAAAUGCCUCAACGAAGAAAGCUCAACCCGAAGGGAAACCCGGCCCUGCUCUUCCUCUUCCCAAAAGCCAAGUUUUGGGACUAGUAAGGGACUUCUUGGGAGUCAUAUCAGAAGCUAACGAACGACUAAAGCAGGAUGCAAAGGAUAAUCCAGAAAACUACGAUAUUGAAGUGCUCACUGGAAAUGAAUCUCAAGUCGUUAAUAUGGAGUUGAUGCUGGGCGUUGCUGAUCUUCAAACUCCUGAGGCUGUGGCUGCUGCUGAAUCUGCAAUUGUUGGUUGUCAGCCUGUUAUACCAUUGGCCAUCAACAGUAGCGGAGAGGAAUCAGAGGAUAGCAGUGAUGGUGACAGCAGCAGCGAUGAUAGUGACGACGAAGAUGGUUCCGAUGAUAGUAGCAGCAAUGAUAAUGACGACGAAGAUAGUGAUGAAAUCAAAGAUGAUACAAUUGAUAAAGAGGAUAAGAAAACAACCUCUCAUGCAAGGCUCAAAACACGCAAGUCGGAUAAAGAUAAUUCUAUGAGUGAUGAUGCUGGUAACAAUCGGUCCCAAAAACGACCGAAAAUUGUUGAGCUCUCACGAAAGUCUUGUGAGAUCUAGUCAUAUAUAGAGUUAAUGUUUAUGGAACUAUCAAUUUAUUGUAAUAGUUGGGCAGUUCUUAAGACUUCCACACAGUGAGAAGGGCAUAUGAUGAAUGAUUCUGGGAGACUCUGGAAGAGACAACGAGUUGUAUGAAGAGUACAAAAUAUCAUUAUAUCGUUAAUGUGAUUUCGUAUGUAAUUUCACGGUUUCACCCAAAUCAUUCUAAGUACGAUGUUUGUCGAUGAAUUUUAUGAUGAAAGGUAAUUGUUCUGCAAA